CGUCAGAGGCAGAUACGUACUGGGUGCAUUUUUCUAACCAUCACGUCGUGUUCAGUUUUACAAGAUAUAUCGACAUUGUCUUCUCCCGCAAACGUUCCGGGGCAGUGUCGACCCAGGUUGCGAGGACGGAGGAAUAAUAGCAGGACAAUGGCAGAAGUUGAGGCAGCCGUUGUUCUACUAGAUGACCUCAACACAAAAGACAAAAGGGCUUGCAUCGAGACCCUAAUCAGGAUCUUCAGGAAUGUUGUACAGAAUCCUGAGGAGCCCAAAUACAGAACUUUGAAGAUCACGAACAAGGUCUUCCAUGGAGAUGUCUGGAGACACGAAGUGGGCCGGUCCUUGAUGGAGGCUGCGGGAUGGGAGAUCAGAGGAGAAACCGUCCAACUUCCUCCCGGCGUAGAUCUAGCCUUACCCCUAGAAGUCCUCUUAGCCAACAGGGAAGUGAAACCUGACUCAAAGGAAUGGGUAUCCGAGACUAAGGUUGUGGUGCCCAAUGCUGCCAAAGUACACGAAGAGCAGCUUCGUCAGAAAGCUUUGGCAGAGAAGGAAAAGGAGAUGGCUGCUUUGAAGAAGGAUAUGGCAGAACGCAAGGCAAUUGCUGACAGGAUUUUAGCUGAGCAUCGCAAUGACAGGGAGCAAAAGAAAGUGACCAAGCCAUCGAAAGCGACCCCCUUAGGCAAGGGUGGAGUGGCCAAAAUGUCGGAAAUGUUGCCGAAGCAAGGUGGAGGAUGAGGUUAAAGCCGGUCAAGGUCGACCAGAGAGCUUAAUUUUACAGCAGUGGAUGUGGAACAGGGCUUUAAUCAUGUAUUUUUGAUGUUGCUUAUGAUGAUUAUGUGGUACAAAUGAUAUUUUUGUUUUGAUAUAUGAACUAUUUUUAUAUUAAGGCAGCAUCCACUCUCAAGUUGCUCAGAUGGUCACCUGACAAGUAUUUUUUUUCUAUUAGGAUUAAAAGAGAAAGUUUUGAUUUAUGUUUUAACACAGCGUGUACAAGAGCCAUGCUUGGAAAAAGAAAGUUGUAUGCUAAAGUCAUUUGCCUUAUCUUACAUCAUAGCAUAAUAAAUAAUGUAUUAAGUUCAAGGAUAUAUUUGCGAAAUAGGCAAUUUAUUGGAACAUUUGAGAGAAAAAGACACAUGGCUCACUGCUUGACUUGUACUCUGGGGUUCAUGAAGCAUAUAUCCACAAGACCAAUUGGUGCGGAUAUAAGUGGAUGUACACACUUCAGGAGUAGAAGCUGAGCUUUACGUGUGUGUGUGUGUGUGUGUGUACACACACACACACACACACACACACACACACACACACACACACACACACACACACACACACACACACACACACACACACACACACACACACACAUAUAUAUAUAUACAUACAUAAAUAUACAUAAAUAUACAUACAGGGGUACCUUGACUUAUGAAUGUUUUUUGAGAUACAAACUGUCUAUUGGACAGUUUCUUGCUUUGAUUUGAGAGCUAAAGUUUGGAUUACAAACCAGCUUCAGAUGCCUUGACAAUGUGUGCCAGUGUGAUCAGCAACUGUAAAAUUAACAUACUGUUUGUUUGUCACUCAGAAAACCCCAGAGAAUUUAAGCCACAUAAGAUUCUGAGAGAAAAACUGCAGGUUAUGUGGAGGGCAAACCCAAGGGCAUGGAUCACCGGACAGUUUUUUGUGGAGUGGGUGAAUUUUGCUUGUGGUCCUGACGUUAAGAAAUAUCUACAGGAAAAUAACCUACUUUUGCAAGCCCUUCUUGUCCUAGACAAUCCAUCUGCUCACUUACAAAACCUCAAAGAUGACAUGCUCAAAGUGUUAAAAGUUUAUAAAGGUUCUCUACCUUCCACCCAACACCACCUCUGUCCUGCAGCCCAUGGACCACCAAAGCUGUUGCUUUGAUGUGAUGUAUAGCACAAACCUCACCCUUUGAGAGUUCUGGAAUAUAUAUUGUGAUAUGCCUCAGAAUUAUCAGUAUGGCCUGACAGGGUCUUACAAAGAGGACCUUAACCUCUGUGUGGAAGAAGCAUGCCUGAGGUUGUUUCUGAAGUACUAUGGAGGACUCGAACCUGAAGUGGCAGUGAUGCGCCUGAAGGAGCAUCAAGGAGCUCACUGGGGAGCACUCUGAGGAACUGACAACGAGGGAGCAAAAGAAGCUACGAAUACAGCAGCAUUGGAGGUUUUGCAGGAAAUAGGUGAUUUGUAGGAGGUUAUCUCUACAAGUGAGGUAAAGGAAAUGUUGGGAAAGUGGGAGAAACAUUCAGACUUUAUUAAAAAUAA